ACUCGCGUGACGUAGACGAUGACGUAGCCAGAUGAUGUAAAUCAGGUUACUCUGGGAGUAAGCCGUGAAACACAGCAAUGAAAAGAUACUCGGCUGUGUUGCUAUAUUAAUAUAAGUUCAAACACCUUUGAGGGAAAACACACCUUGGGUUCGACACUGACCACAUAGGGGCCUAGAUCCACCUGUGUUCGACCUGUCAUCUGUUCUGAUCAACCAUGGCCUCUUCCUGGUCCACCCUACUGCUUGCCCUGUCUGUACUCUGCUUGGCUGAUGCUGAUGUUAAGGUGUUUGGCAUUCGUGGCUUCGGACUCUAUGGCGACGCAUGGAGCCCACCUGACACAUAUGUCAAGGUGUUCUGUGGCAACACCUUCGGCGGCGAGACGGGCUACAUGUGGGACCACCCCAACCCGUCCUGGAUUGUCUCCUUCAUCUUCCCGAACUGCAGAGUCGGAGAGGUUCUGAAACUGGAGGUGUGGGACGUGGACUUGAUGUUCAAUGACCAUCUGGGCGACUGCGCCACCAAUGUGCACACCGGCACCACCGUGCCAGUCUCCUGCAAAUUGCGUCACGGCAUAGUAGAGUUCUCUUAUGUCUAUGUGAAUUAGUUUCUAUGAUACACCUGACAUUUUAGUUUGUGCCUUUGAUUUUGUAUAAAAUAGGUGCUGCUUAGAUUGGAAGGUGUUAAUAGGUCUAUGCCAUGGCUGUCUGAAUUGAAAGACGUGGAAAGAGAGGUUUUUGUACAUCUUUCAGAGGAAUCGCAACAAAUAAAAUGUAUUUUGUCACA